GCAACACCUUAGUUAAGGAGCCAAUGUGUAGCUGCUGCAGCCAGGGAGGUCACUGAUCACAGAUCUGCUUCAAUCCUCUCCUGUCGUCUGGCAAUGAGGUCAUCGAUGCGGCAGUCAGUCGCACCAUCGAGGAGGACCGAUGACGGCACUGCAGCAGCAAGAUCCCGGCCUCUCUCAGCCUUUUCCACUCAUCCACCCACUUCAACAAGGACGGCUCUUCUGUCGGUGCUGCUAUUCGCCACCUCGGCAUCUGCAUUCCGCCCUCUCCCCAGCCCCUCCAUACGCCCUCUAUCGCCGCCUCAUCUGAGAUCAGCAUCAGCUCUCCGGGCGGCCGUGGCAUCUCCCGAGCGGAAAACUGUUGUCACACAGAAGCAGCCGGCGAGCAGCCAGCCAGCUAAGGCUGAGCUGAGGAAGGCGUGUCGUCAGGUGGUCGAGCAGCACAAGGAUGGGGCUUUCUUUGAGGCCAAGGUGCGCAUGGUGACGGAGUUUGGUGCGUGGUUGGAUUGUGGCGCCGGCAUGCCUGGGUUCCUGCACGUCCACGAGAUGGCCUAUGGGUUUGAGGCAGAGAUGGGCGAGAAGGUGAAGCCUGGCGACACUCUCAAGGUGCGACUCAUGGACGUCAUCGAAACAGGUACAUAAAACCACAGAGAGAGACAGCGCCAUGCACUGAGUAUGAUGGGUGGGUUGUUUCUCUUGUCUAUCCCUGUCCGUCAAGAGUCCCGCAUUUUGCUGACUAUGCUGCCGUCGGCUGAUCCGGAGCCGCUGCUGCAGCCACUGCUGGAGUCGGUCCCACCUGACAUGUUCUUCAACGGCACUGUCGUGGCCACCACAGACUCUGGCGCCUUCAUCAAACUGACCCUUCCACCACCACCACCGCUGAAGGCGGACGAUGCCACUAUGGCUGCUGACGCUGGACCCACGCCGCCCCCUCUCCCCGAUAAGCCGAUUGACAUCGUUGGCUUUGCUCAGUACGGCGAUCUGACCGGCUUGCAGCUGCAGCCAAAGGGAGAGCAGGGUGACAAGACUGAUGACGUGAUUGUGGCCAUCGAUGAGGCGGGGACAGCUCACAAGGGGCAGAGCGGUGGGCCGCUGAGGCUGGCUGAUGUGGGAGAGGCCUAUUCUGUGGGCCAGGAGGUGUCUGUGCGGGUCAAGUACGUGGAGCCGCGGCGGCGAGUGUACCUGUCGUGCUACCCUCCCAUGUAUGACGCCACCUUUGAUCCCGUGCUGAGCGGGCAGGUGUUGCUGCAGCGGGCCAACGCCAUGGGGGGCGGUGGCGGGGGUAAGGUGAAGGAGCGGCCCUUCAUUAUCGCGUCACCCUUCCGCAGCGACACCAUGGUCAUCAAGGCACCGACGGCUCUCAACCAGGCCGCCAAGCUCGACAAGGAAACCCUCGUGGGUUUCCUAAAGCUGGUCAGUCUAGUGAGUGGACACACACACACACACACACGCACAGGCAAAGGUGACCACCCAGAUGUGUGUGUGUGGAUGCAGAGGCUUCCGUACUUUUUGCAAGUCCGCUACGGCCUGACUCAGGACCCCUUUGACGUCCAGCGUUGGCCAUCAUACCCCACCCUCCUCUCCGCCUUCCAGCACUGGACGCACGUGCAGUCCACCGCCGCUUCCGCACUAUCGAGCCCCCAGCAGCCCACAGGAGGCACGCCGACCACCAUGGCGUCCAUUGUGAGCCCUGCUGAGGGGGGCUCCACGGCUCCGGUGGACCUGUCUCGCGCCCGUCCUCCGUUGCCGCAGUACAUGCCGUCCAUCAUCGUGGGCAGUGGGCGGAUGGCGCAGGCGUUGCGCAAGUGGGGUCGUGAGGGUCGUUAUGUCGACGAGAACUACUCGAUCCACGGUGUGGAUGUGACGGUGCCGAUGGAGACCUACCAGGACGCGUCAAGGAAGGGCCUCCACCCCGCCAAUGCGCUGCAGGCCGGACAGGGACCCAUCUACGUACGUAGACCAACCAUUCAGCUAGGAAAGGGGACACACUGACAGACAGACACAUUGAUUGAACGCUGUGCUGUGGAUAGGUCUGCGUGACUCCCGACGAUGUGGAGAAGGUCAUCCUCGCCACACCGCCACACAGGAGGCAAGACCUGGUCAGUCGGAAUCACCUCGCUCAUCCACACACACCACACCCCCCGGUAUAGAUCUGAUUGUGUUGAUGUGCCUGCCCAUGUGCCAGGUGUUCACGCAGAUCGGUAUGAUCUACCCUUUGCUGGAGAAGUACGGCCUGCAGGACGCCACGCAGUUGUUGCCGUACGUCAUUCUCGGCCGACACGGAGAGAUCGCACUCGACGUCACCACCGAACUCAACCCUGGUCAGACAGACAUUGUGGACGUGCAGCUCACAGGAGCCGAUGAAUGCAUUCACUUGACGUAUCGACGUGUGCUGUGUGUGUCAGAUGGCAUCACGUUGGUGACUGGCAAGUGGGCUGAGAAGUUCUGCGAGCGCCUCAACGUCGGCGGCAUGUACUGCAGGGUACCUACCUACACAGGCAGCUAGCUGUCAAUGCGUCUUUCGUCCAUGGGCCAAUGCAAUGCAUCUGUCUGUCUGUCUGCCUGCCUGUCUGCAGGUGACGGAUCGCGGCGAGUACAUGGAGCGGAUGGUCGAGAACGUCGUCUGGCUCAGCUCAAUCAUACCCGUAGGCCCAUCCCAUCGAGAGCCAUAACCCACCCAUCUGGAUGGAUGUUGGUCUAUCUCUCUGUGUUUCGUUUCGGCCCCAUAGGUUGGUGUGAAGCAUGGCGGCAUCACCGUCGGCGAGGUCAUCGCAGAACACCAACGUAUGUGUGUGAAUCAAACACCCACGCAAGGCGCCUUCGCACAGCACACCUGUCGUCUGCCCGUAUUGCAUGUCUGAUCUGCCUGCAGUGGAGGUGGAGGAUCUGAUGGAAGAGCUCAUGGCCGGCGCCAAGACCGCUCUCAACGUCAGAAAUGACGCCAGGUGGAAGGAGAGGCUAUUCGACUACGCCAGGGCGGUGGCUGCGUUCCCGACGACGUUUCAAGAGUUUGAGUAUCGCAAUGGCUGGUUUUGGGGCAUGUCAAGGACGGCAAUCAAGAGAGGCGAGGCCGACCCGCUGCCGCAACACACCAAACUCAUGCUGGUGAGUGACUUACUUACAUGCCACAACCCCACUCACAAGGGCAUCUCCUUCUCUCUCGCCAUAAGGAUUUGGGAAUCCCUGAGGUCCUCAAGGAGAUCGAAGCCAUGGAAACGGUCAGUCAGGAAGCACCAACGCCCACACACACAUUGACCAGACUAAUCCACCCUUGCCGCUUCCCUCCCUCAUUGUCUGCAGGCCGAUGCCGACAGCAGCAGCGCUGUCCCCGCCACUGAUGCGUCUGACGAGGAGGGGCAAAUAUAUGAAGACGAGGGCCCUGAGGUGUGGGAGCGGCCACGAGUGGCUCCCAAGCCAGGGAUCACGCCACCAGAGGAGACGAAAUACGUCGUCAGGCCCACACUUCCACCAGAGGAGCGACAGAGGAGGCGGGAGGAGGCACGGUACGCACGCAACGCACGAUGGUCCUUUGGCUAUUGUUGAAUCUAUUCGAUGCAUCCUCUUUUCCAUGCAGUCGCGCGGCCGCUACUGCUCGUGAGGAGGAGGAGGCUCUUCAGGCAUUCUACGCCGAGCUGACGGCCGAGCUUCAAAGGCAGAGUGACGGCGAUGCGAGUGAAGACGAGCUGCUGUGGAGAAAACAAGCUCUCGAACUGCUGAGAAACGCACGAAUCACGACGGUAGGUACGCAGACAGACAGAGCGGGAGAAGAGAAAUGUCCACACACACGGCUCCCCCCUUCAUCUAUGCGCCAUGCGUGUGGUGUGGCUUCCCAUUCAUUCAUCAUCACAUCAGGGCGAUGACGUUGAGCUGUCGUCUCCCGGUUCUCUCCCCCGCGGCAUAGCCGACGACCCCUCACGGCCGGCAGGGGAUGCGCCCGGCCCCGGUAAGGGCCAGUCGCGUCCGUUGCGUGACAUGGAGGUGACAGUCGAGGAGGAGAGGCGGCGGGAGGAGAGACGCGAGCUGCGGAGGGAGGUGGAGAAGGACAAGGACAUGGUCCCCACAUUCAACUUCGCGCCCGCAGACUACAUCUCGGAGGAACAGGUAUGUAUGCAGCAUUGUGCAUGGUCAUGGGCUGACUGACCGAUGUGUCUGUGUGCGUGGGUGUGUGGGUGCAGUUGCGGUUUUGGCAGCGGCAGAUGCAGGCGAGGUCUGGGAUGCCGCGACCGCCGCCUGCAAAAGCAGCGGCGGCACAGCCAGACAGCUGAGUGAGCUAGGGGGUCGGUCAUAUGUGCCUGAAUGCCAGCACUGAUCGAGGCAAUGUGUCUGUAUUUGUGGGAUGGCGAGCUGUGCAAACGGUUUGAUGGAUGGACGGACCGUGGCUUUGGUACUGCGUGCGUCACUUGUGGCUGUCCAGAAAUGCAUGGACACGGCCGGCCGGCCAUUGCGAGAGGUGCAAACCGAUGAAGCUGUGCCUGGG